UCGCCUUAUGUUAAUAAAUGCUUCACUAGCAAACAGUAUCAUUUACUGGUGUCUCUUUUGUAGUCCACCAGAGUUCGCUUCUUACGUUUAAGUGUUUGACAUCAUCUUUGAAAUGAAGAGAAUUGUGCUAGUAACCGGAGCAAACAGUGGCAUUGGCCUGGCUCUGUGUGAGCGACUUCUCGCCACCGAUUCUGAAAUCCACCUCUGUCUGGCAUGUCGAAAUACACAGCGAGCAAUGGCAGCCCGGUCUGCAUUACUCCACUCCCACCCUGAGGCAGAUAUUUCCCUCCUGAAGGUCGAUGUUGGCGACAUGAAUUCUAUUUUAGAGGCUGCUAAAGAAAUCAAAAAGAGAUAUUCGAGAUUAGACUACAUAUACCUCAAUGCGGGAAUUAUGCCCAAUCCGCGGCUGAACCUAAAGGUGUUUGUGAAAGGCCUCUUUUCCAGGAAAGUGGUAAGAAUGUUUGCAACUGGAGAAGGCCUGCUGACCCAAGAGGAUCAUGUCAAUGUGGACGGAUUACAGAAGGUUUUUGCUACUAAUGUCUUUGGUCAUUUUAUUCUGAUCAAGGAGCUGGAACCACUAUUAUGUUGUCCUUCAAUGACCUCCCAGCUAAUAUGGACUUCCUCCAGCAAUGCUCACAAAUCUGCAUUCAGCCUGGAUGACUACCAGCAUAGUCAAGGAACAGAAUCUUAUAGUUCAUCCAAAUAUGCUUCUGACCUGCUCAGCUUGGCCUUGAACAGGCAAUACAACAGACGGGGACUGUAUUCAUCUGUAACAUGUCCAGGGCUUGUAAUGACAAAUCUUACAUAUGGAAUCCUACCAUCUUUUUUCUGGACAUUGAUAAUGCCAAUCAUGUUUUUGAAUGGAAUGCCCCAAAUCCCAUCUUCUAGCCCUUGUAUGUUGUAAGACAUGGCCUGCAGCUCAACCCGGCCUGGACACCCCAGAUAUGGAAGGAUGGAGGAAGGCAGCUUUUUUUAGGGUGCUGCCACCCCCAAGAUGCUAGAGGGCAGCUCCCCUGGUUUACAGCAGUGCACUGGAUUCCCACAGGGCACCAUGGGACUUGGAGUUUUGUAUCUGAUCCCUGUUGAGUGUUGUGGGUAGCACCCAUGGAUGCUGUGAAUGAACCGUGGGACAUAAGGUAUCUGCCUGACCCGGAAGUGCUGGCAGGUCAUGUGGGUAGAAGAGCAGAAGCACUUCCAGGUUGGACAAUGUAAAAAGGACCGCCUUAAACUCAGCCGAGGAGCCAAAGUUGGGUGGAAGGUGAACAAAGCUUGCUAGGAGGUGUGGUGGAUAAAGGAAAGAGAAAGAAAAAUAAUUUUGGGCAGUGUUGCUUAUUUACUUGUGGCUGUGGUGGU